GCUUAUUUCAGUGGGCGGCUGUGGAGGACCACCAAACAGGAUGGGAGAACGCGGGCUUGGAAUCAAGACGGACACGUUCAAGCAUGCUUGGGAAGGUGCGGACAAGGAGUCGUUUCCUCAGCUGUGUGAGUCCUGUCUGGGGGAAGACCCGUACGUGCGCAUGAUGAAGGAGGUGCAUGCGAAGGUGUGCAAGACGUGCGAUCGUCCGUUUACGGUGUUCCGAUGGAAGCCGGGCAAGAAGGCCCGAUACAAGAAGACAGAAAUCUGCCAGACCUGUGCCAAGCUCAAGAACGUGUGCCAGACCUGCGUGUUGGACUUGCAGUACCAUCUGCCCGUGCAGGUGCGGGACGCGUUUUUGGCCGAGUCCGAGCGCCAAAUCGUUCCCGAAAGCGAGGCCAAUCGUGAAUGGUUUGCCCAACAACACAACGCGAUGCUGGAAGAGCAAGGCAUUGUGUCUGCAUAUGGAAAAGCAUCGGCGCCCAGUCAAGCGCUGCUUCGCAUGGCGCGCGUGGAUCCGUGCUACAAACGCAACCGGCCGCAUCUGUGCUCGUUCUUUGCUCGCGGCGAAUGCAAGCGCGGCGAGACCUGCCCAUAUCUCCAUGAGAUGCCCACCGCCAAGAGCAAUCCGUUGGCGAAACAGAACAUUCAAGACCGAUUCCAUGGCCGCAAUGACCCUGUGGCCGAGAAAAUCAUGACCCAACAUGGUCACGCGGACAAACUGAACAUCAACAGACGACGACGCGGCAUUCCACCGCCGCCCCCGCCGCCGCCGCAACAGUCUGCGGUGCCAUCGCAUGUGCCACCGCCUCCACCCGGUCCACCGCCGUCGUCGGCGUCGACUUAGCAUGGGCAGGGAAAAUUGAUCACUAAUGCAAAUGAUUGAAUCAAACGCUG